UUAAGAACUCCACUCCUGGGACUAAGAGAGAGACCUCCUUGAUGAGAGAUUUUAUAUGAUCUCUUAUGAAAUGAGACCUUCCUAAAUUUGAAAUUUUAAACGAUCGCUUCAUUUGCCUGCAGUUGUCAUGGGACUUGAUCACACUCAGCUCACAGCUUCGAUUUGCUAUGCCAAUACAUCACUAUUAUGGGGAACUCAAUCUCCAAUUCCUACAGCAGUUCCUCAUCAACUGCGCGGAGUCUUUUUCAUUCCACAUGGAACCAGACCCAUUCCUGUUUUCACCGCCAGUUUCCCAAGAAUUCAAUGAAAUCGAUUAGUACCCGCGGUCUGAAUCUGUUUUACAAUCACCCAACCCUUCGGGAGGCAUUUCAAUCAAUUGGGAAUUCUUUUGGGGACGAAAAAACACCCCAAUUUUCCUCAGAUGAGGUUUAUUCACCACUUCUCGAGCUCUGUGCGAGUAAGAAAGCUCUAUCCCUUGGGCGGCAGAUUCAUGCCCACUUGAUAAAAUCUUUUUCCCUGUCCGAUUCUGUGUUUCUGAGCACUAAACUCAUUUUCAUGUAUGGAAGCUGUUGGUCUCCUUCGAGUGCAGAGAAGCUGUUUGACAAAAUGUCCGAAAGAACAAUUUUCACUUGGAAUGGGAUGAUUGGCGCUUAUGUUUCGGUUGGAGAGCCUAUGAAAGCACUUGAGUUGUAUAGAAACAUGCGGCUUUUGGGUAUUCCUCUUGAUUCUUGUACUUUCCCUUGUGUGCUUAAGGCUUGUGGUAUGCUUAAAAACCCAUAUUCUGGAACAGAAAUUCACUGUUUGGCUAUCAAAUUAGGAUAUGAUUCUGUUGUUUUUGUUCUGAACUCACUUGUUGCAAUGUAUGCAAAGUGCAAUAAUCUUCACAAUGCGAGAUGUUUAUUUCGUGGUAUGAAUGGAAAUGGUGAUAGUGUGUCAUGGAACUCCAUGAUAUCUGCAUAUUCUGCAAAUGGGUUAUCAGUAGAGGCAUUAACACUUUUUAGGGAAAUGCAGGUUGCCCCCCAUGUCACCAAUAAUCCUUACACUUAUGUUUCAGUUCUUCAAGCUUGUGAGGAUUCCCAUUUUUUGAAACAGGGCAUGGAGAUACAUGGUUCUGUUUUAAAAUCCUACCACUAUGCUGACAUUUUUGUGUUAAAUGCUUUGAUUGGCAUGUAUGUGAGAUGUGGUAAGCUUAAAGAAGCUGUUGCUGCUUUUAGUAGAAUGGAUGAGAAGGAUUGCUUCUCAUGGAAUACCAUUCUCUCUGGUUUUGUACAGUAUGGCCAUUAUGAUGAAGCGCUCUUGUUCUUCCAUGACAUGCAAGACCCUGGUAAAAAAUUCGACCAAGUGGCGAUAUUAAAUGUUAUUGCAGCUUGUGGUCGUUUGGGAAAAUUAAUGAAUGGAAGGGAGGUUCAUGCUUAUGCUAUUAAACAUGGAUUAGAUUCUGAUUUGCAGGUUGGGAACACCCUUGUUGAUAUGUACGGAAGAUGUUGUUGUGUGAAGAUCAUGGGUCAUGUUUUCGAUGAGAUUCCAGACAAGGACUUCAUUUCCUGGACAACGGUUAUCGCUGGCUAUUCUUUGAACAAUGAACAUGUAAGUGCCAUAGAAUUAUUCAAGAAGGCUCUGAUAGAAGGAAUAGAUGUUGAUACAAUGAUGGUAGGAAGCAUCUUGUCAUCUUGUAUUGGACUGAAAUGUCUUUCCUUUGUGAAAGAAAUCCAUUGUUACAUAGAAAGGAGAUCUUUAUUUGACCAGGUACUCCAAAAUGCCCUUGUUGAUGCAUAUGGAGGCUUAGGGAAUGUAGAUUAUGCAAGACAUAUGUUUGAAUCUAUUGAUUCUAAAGAUGUUGUGUCUUGGACCAGCAUGAUAUCCUGCUAUGUGCGAAACCGGCUUCCAAAUGAAGCUCUUGAACAUUUCAAUUGCAUGAAAAAGAGUAACAUUGAACCUGAUUUCGUGUCACUAGUGAGCAUACUCUCUGCUGCUGCCAGUUUAUCUUCAUUGAAGAAAGGAAAAGAAAUCCAUGGCUAUCUGAUGAGGAAAGGUUUCGCCAUUUUCGGAUCCGUUGCAAGCUCUUUAGUCGAUAUGUAUUCUCGAUGUGGAAACAUAGAGAUUGCAGAAAGGGUAUUCCAUGGCAUCAAAUGUAAGGAUCUCAUUUUGUGGACUACAAUGAUAAAUGCAAAUGGAAUGCAUGGUCGUGGUAAAGCAGCCAUUGAUGCAUUCAAUGAGAUGGUGUGGAAGUUUUCUCCUGAUCAUAUUACAUUUUUAUCUCUCCUAAAUGCUUGUAGUCACUCAGGUUUGAUUGAUGAAGGAAGAAAGUUUCUUAGAGUUAUGAAAUCAGAGUACCAAUUAGAGCCAUGGACGGAACAUUAUGUGAGCGUCGUUGAUCUUCUUGCCCGUGCCAAUUGCUUAGAAGAGGCAUAUCGAUUUGUCGAAAGCACAAAGAUUACACUCUCUGGUGAAGCUUGGUGCUCUCUCCUCAGGGCUAGUUGGAUUCAUGGCAAUAAAGAGUUGGCUCAAGUUGCAGCUCAAAAACUGUUGGAGUUGGAUUUGGAACCGGGAAACUAUGUCCUAGUAUCAAACGUUUUCGCCACCUGCGGAAGGUGGAAGGAAGUAGAUGACGUGAGAAUGAAGAUGAGGAGAACUGGGUUGAAGAAAAGUCCGGGAUGCAGCUGGGUCGAAGUCGGAAGCGAGGUUCAGACCUUCGUGGCACGAGAUAGAUCACAUCCGCAGUCCGACGAGAUUUACCAAAAGCUAGAAAUGAUUACCAAGAAAUUGGAGAAGGAAGGAGGUUAUGUUCCUCAAACCAAGUUAGUUGUACACAAUGUAGAUGAGGAAGAGAAAGUUCAGAUGCUUUAUGCACACAGUGAGAGGCUGGCCAUUGCAUUUGGCUUACUUAAGACUCCCGAAAGAACCGCUAUUCGUGUAACGAAGAAUCUCCGAAUCUGCAACGAUUGCCAUGUUUUCGGUAAGUUAGUUUCCAAAUUCUUUGGAAGAGAGCUUGUUGUGAGGGAUGCAAACAGAUUCCAUCAUUUUAAAGAGGGUAUCUGUUCUUGUGGUGAUUUCUGGUGACUGUCCAUAAUGAAGAACACUCCCAAAAAUGGGUUUGAGAAGGUGA